AUGCGAUCCAGUAGCUCGGACAGCAGUGAACCCAAGACGGUCGCUCUACCCUCAUCGUCACUGCCCCUAUGGGAGGAUGAUCCUGCUAAUGCUCAGAACUGGAGUCGUUCCAAAAAGAUUUACAAUACUGCUGUGCCGUCGCUUCUUUGUCUGUUGAUAUCGUUCGCGCUGGCUAUCUACUCUCCUUCCCACAGCCAUGUUCAAGAAGCCUUCCACACCUCGACUACCAAAUCUCUAGUGCCCUUCGCUAUGUACGUCUAUGGCCUGGCCUUCGGGCCCAUGAUUGCAGCUCCCAUCAGUGAGACCUACGGUCGUCGCUUCAUCUACCUCGUCAUGACCCCCAUUGCUAUGCUCUUCAUCCUCGGGGCGGGCUUCGCUCACAACCUCGCCACUCUCGCUGUGUGUCGCUUACUGGCGGGGAUGUUCAUCUCAGCGCCCUUGGCCGUUGGGGCGGGCACAAUCAUGGACGUCUGGAGUGGACAAGCUACCGGGCGCGGUGUCACCCUACUCAUGACCACUGCCUUCCUUGGCCCGGCCAUUGGAUCACUAAUUGGGGGCUGGAUCGCUCAGUACAAGGAUUGGCGCUGGUCGCAGUGGACAUCGCUAUUCCUCGGGGCAGCCUUCUGGAUCUUCAGCAUGGGGGCCCAGGAGUCCUAUGCCCAGCCCCUGAUCCGUCGCCGUGCUGCUAAACUAGGACUCCCAGUUCCCCCCAACCCAAUUCCACCGGGCUGGGCUGGGUUCCAGAUGAUGCUCACGGUGACUUUGGCACGACCAGUGUAUAUGAUCUUCACCGAGCCGAUUGUGAGUCUGUGCUCGAUGUAUUCGUCCCUCAACUUCUCUGUCUUGUUCUGUUUUCUCGCCUGUGUUCCGCUCGUUUACACCGAUGUGUACGGCUUCACCUCGGGCCAAUGCGGACUGGUUUUUAUUGCGUUGGCCCUGGGUUGUCUGCUUGGAAGUGUCGGGCUGUUGGUGGCGGACCACUAUACAUUGGCGCGGCAUAUCCGGCUUCAUCCGGGAGGAGGGAUAGCCCCGCCCCCAGAGCGCGUCUUGUGGGCUGCCAUGAUUGGCGGUCCGUUGAUGCCAGCUGCUCUGUUUUGGUUUGCCUGGACCUCGACCAGUCAUGUGCACUGGAUGAGCAGCAUCGUCGCGAUCGGUCUUUUCGGCUGCUCUAACAUUAUGGUAUUCGUAUCUACUGCCCUCUACCUCACCCGGGUGUAUGGUGCCAAGUUCGGAGCUUCUGCGCUGGCCGCCAAUGGCUUACUGAGAUACGGCAUUGGCGGCUCAUUUCCUCUUUUUACGGUAGCCAUGUAUCACAACUUGGGCUAUAGCUGGGCAUCUAGCUUAUUGGGGUUCUUGGCCGCUGCUUUUGCGCCUCUGCCCUGGUUGUUCUUCCGUCUAGGAAGUCGCAUACGUGCGCAUAGCGCUUACACUUCGACCUGAAUCAUGCGAGUGAGGG